AUGGAUCUGUUCAACAGCUCCGAUGAGUUUUUCCUCAUCAAUGCCACAGUCAGUCCCACAACCCUGGAGUCCUGGGACGACGCCACGCUCCUCAGUCUGCAGAUCUCCAUCUCUGCCAUGCUAGCAAUCGUCACUUUGGCCACAGCUCUGUCCAACGCUUUUGUAAUCGCCACGAUUUUCCUCACACGCAAGCUUCACACCCCUGCCAACUUCCUGAUUGGCUCUCUCGCAGCGACAGACCUCCUGGUGUCCAUUUUAGUCAUGCCGAUCAGCAUCGUCUACACGGUCAGUAAGACUUGGACUCUGGGUCAGAUUGUGUGUGAUAUCUGGCUAUCAUCUGAUAUAACGUUCUGCACGGCCUCCAUCCUGCAUCUAUGCGUGAUCGCGCUGGACAGAUACUGGGCCAUCACGGACGCCUUGGAGUACUCGAAACGGAGAACCAUGCGGCGAGCAGCGUUGAUGAUUGUCAUAGUAUGGGUGAUCUCCGUCUCUAUCUCUUUACCUCCUCUAUUCUGGCGGCAGGCGAAGGCUCAUGAGGAGCUCACGGAGUGCAUGGUCAACACCGACCAGAUCUCCUACACGCUCUAUUCCACAUUUGGCGCCUUUUAUGUUCCCACGGUGCUCCUAAUGAUCCUCUACGGGCGUAUCUAUGUGGCAGCUCGCUCCAGGAUCUUCAAAACACCGGCGACCAGCGGAAAGCGCUUCACUGCUGCUCAGCUCAUCCAGAACUCGGCAGGCUCUUCGCUUUGCUCGCUGAACUCCACUUCUAAUCAGGAGGGACAUCUUCAUGCUGGAGGAGGAGGAGGUAGUGGUGGUGGUGGAGGAGGAGGAGGAGGGUCUCCUCUUUUCACGAACAGUGUGAAAGUGAAGCUGGCUGACAGUGUGCUAGAAAGAAAGCGUCUUUGUGCUGCUCGGGAGAAGAAGGCCACCAAGACUCUUGGGAUUAUCCUGGGUGCGUUUAUAGUGUGCUGGCUCCCAUUCUUCGUGUUUACGCUGGUGAUGGGUGUCUGUAAAGACUGCUGGUAUCAUCCUGUGCUCUUUGAUGUGUUCACCUGGCUGGGAUACCUCAACUCGCUCAUCAAUCCAGUCAUCUACACUGCCUUCAACGACGACUUCAAACAAGCCUUCCACAAACUCAUCAAGUUUAAAAGAUGCUACUGA